UCCAACUAGGACCGGAAACUCUGCUCUUUUUUCUUUUUGCUUUUGCUGCUGCUGUUGCAGAAGAGCCUUUGCUUUGCUCUGAGGUCCUUUCCACCUUGGCAGCCCUGGGUUCAACAGAUCAUCGGAGUCAAAGGAAAGGGAAAAGAAGCCAGGAGUUCUGUGCGCAAAGUUGGAGGAACUCCCUCCUCUCCAUCCUGCCAAGCUCUGGGAGUCUGGGUCAAGGCAGGGAUGGGGGAGCCCUAACCCUGGGCAGAAGGAGGCAUCUCUGUUGGAGGGCAAGACAUCCAGAUUUUAUUUUUUAAAGAAGAGAGGAGCAUCUUGCAACAAGGAGGAAGAAGAAGCACUGCCCAGCUCUUCCCAACUCUCUCUUUUCCUCCCCCAUCAUGGAAGAUGGUGUGAAGGAGGAGAGUGCAGAGAAACCAAAAUGUCCCGCCAAGGCAGACAAAGCUGGCUGGAUCAAGAAGAGCAGUGGUGGUCUUCUGAGUCUUUGGAAAGAGCGCUAUAUCCAGCUAUGCAAAUCCCAGCUCUUGAUUUAUGAAAAUGAGGAGGAACAGAAAUGUGUUGAGACAGUGGAGCUGGAAAGAUACGACAGAUGCCAAGACUUGCGGGCGCUUCUGAAAAGGAAACAUCGGUUCAUUUUAAUUCGGGCUCCGGGUUACAAGGUGCAGGAUAUUAAAUUUCAGGCAUCCAAUGGGGAAGAAAAGGAGUCUUGGAUGAAAGCCCUCAAUGAAGGCAUCAACCGAGGCAAAAACAGAAUAUUUGAUGAGGUAAAGGUUGAUGAAAGUCUCUCCCUGGAACAUGUAACUCGAAGGAGAGCCAAACUAGCUCAUGCUCGCCGUCCACCAACCAGAAGCCAUCUGAAAGAGGUUGCCAGUGCAAUGUCAGAUGGAAUACUGAGACUUGACCUCGAUGUACCAGAUAGUGGCCCUCCAAAUAUCACUUUGGUGACAGGGGAAGCUGAUGGGAUUUCUCUUCCGAAGGAGACACUGAAGCCCCCUAUGCCCCCUACAAAGUCGCCUAAGCUCCCUUCAAAGAAUCCAAAUGCUGAUUCUACCCCAGAAGAUCUGGAGCUCAAGAAACCCCCGAUGCCUCCAGCUAAGCCUCUGAAGGAGGCAGGAGCAGCCAAUGAAAAUACAAACUCAGUGGAAGAGGAGGAGAAGGAGGAGGAAGAUGUUGCUGUUGCAGCUGAAGAUGUUGAUGACUCUCAAGGUAGACCUAAGAAACCACCAGUGCCUCCAGCUAAGCCCCAUAAGGAAAUAGCUGCACCAAAUGAAAAUAUAAAUUCUACGGAGGAGGAAGAGGAGGUGGAAGAUGUUGCAGUUACAGGAGAAGAUGCUGAAGAGUCCAAAGCUGGAUUCAAGAAACCUCCAGUGCCUCCAGCUAAGCCUCUUAAGCAAGUAGUAGCACUUACUGAAAAUUUGGACUCUGUAGAGGAGAAGGAAGAAGAGAGAGAGGAAGAGGAGAAAUGUGUUGCUGUUACAGGUGAGGAUGUUGAAGAAUCUGGAGUUGCUCCAAGUGGAGAAAGCUUAAUGGAGACUGACACAAAUGCUCCCACAGCUCCAGCUCUUCCCUUGAAGGUCUUGUCUGAUAAGAUGAAGGUCACAUGGGACAGUCCAGCUUCUGAGCAGCAAGGUGUUGACUGUGAAAAUCCAUUAACAUCCAGCAGCAAAGAGGACCUCCCAGAAAUAGGAAAGGAUGUGGUUCAACCUCCGACGCCACCUCCUAAGAUUCUAUUAGGAGGGAUUCAAGACAGCAUGAAAUCUAGAUGCAGUAGUUCAGAGGCAGAUGCGUCCAAAGGUGACCAUCAAGGUGGAGGCUUGAAACCACCAGUGAAUGGUUUUGAUGAUGAGGGAAUGACAGAGUCUAUUUUUCACAAUGGAGAGGAGCAUCUCUCUUUGCAAAAGCCACAACAGCCUUCAGCAGAACCUGGAGCAAAUGAGAAAUGUCUGGGCCUGCCUUCUAAUGAUCAAGCACAUUUGUCGGAGGCGGUGAGAAGUUCUCAGAUUACUAAGCCUCGUUGUGCCUCCCUAGAAAACCUGUUGUCAGGAUCAAGCAAGGUAUCCUUGCAGGUGCUGGAUCCUCAGUGUGGAGCUGCCCUCCAUGUGGCCCAUAUGGAAAAGAAAGUAGCAUGUGAAAAGGAAAGAACAGAAAAGCUUCUGCAGAAGGUUCUCCAGAGGGGACUUGAGCAGGCCCAGGAGGGCAAUGGACCUCCGCUAAAUGCAGAGACGUUGCUCAACGAAGCAGCCGCACAGCUCCAGCAAGCCACGCAGGUCCUGCAAGAGAUCAGAGAUUUAGGAGAACUGAAAAAGGAACCUGCCAAGAAAGGAGGGCCAAAGGAUCUAGUAACUUUGUAUAGGAGAAGUGCUCCCUGAGAUGCUUCUUCUUCUGUAUCACUUAGUUGAAAUGUUGACACAAAACACCCUUUCUGCUAUCCUGCUAGGCCAGUGUUUUCAAGAGCAGGGGCUAUUGUCUUGCUGUGUCCUCCCAGCAGAACAGAAAAUGUUGCUUAAUGUUUCAGUGCCUCUUUUAUGAUUUUGAGCUGUAGUCUGGAGGGGGGAAAACCAACUCACCAAGGUAGAAGUUCCAGGAAUGAUUUUCUGGAGAGCAAGUUGCAGUAGGAGCAAGGGAGUUUCUGUCUCUCCUUGUCCUUCCUCCCUCAAAGAUCCUUUGGAGGAAUAUGCAAGCAGAAACUGAUCAUGGUCAGCUAGGAGUGACCAGCUAUUACAGCCAUGAAGGGUGAAAAGGCACUGCUCCAAGUAUCCAUUUGUCCUGACCCAUAGAUUCUAUCAUGUGGUGACCACCCAUGCUCAAAAAUGUUCAGACACUUGGCUGUUGUUGGGAGGUUACUUAAAGCUAGAAUGAGUUUUUGAAAGAGAUGGGUGGGGGAGACCUCAGACAUUUGAGGCCACAUGUUUAUGUUCUAGCUAUCCAGCUCUUUCCCACCGGGAGCACAUUGAUCUUGUGCAUGUGGUGGAAACAGGGUGGUGAAUGGCUUGAUGAUGAAUUGCUUUAUAAUGUUCUUCCUUUCUUCCUCUGUUUUAAAAAAGAGGAGGAAGGGGAGCUGGAAUAUUUAAGAUUUUAAUCCGGAUUCUAAGUGCCUUGGGGGCUGUAUGUCACCCACUUAUGUUCCAAUCUGCCUAUAAAUUGGUCCGAUAAGAAUCCUGUUAAAUAAAACUACAUAUUUUUACAACUACCUGGAAUUGGGCCAGUGUGGUGUAGUGGUUUGAGUGUUGGACUUGGACUCGGGGAGACCAGGGUUCAAAUCCUGCUCAGCCAUGGAAACCCCUGGGUGACCUUGAGCAAGUCACACUCUCUCGGCCUCAGAGGAAGGCAAAGGCAAACCUCCUCUGAACAAAUCUUGCCAAGAAAGCCCAGCGACAGGGUCGCCUUAGGGUUGCCAUAAUCUAGAAACAGCUUGAAGGCACACAACAACUGGAAAAUAGCAACCCUCCCAGCCAUCUGGGUCAAGUUAAGUUCCACCAACAGCCAACCAGGCAGCCACCCACAAAUGACUAAUGAGGGCAAGGCCUACUAUUUGGCAGAAUGAGACAUUGCCUCAGGCAGCAGAAGCUGAAGGACAGGGAAUUGGCUGUAAGGUGUUGCAGCUGUGUUUGCUGUGCAGAUGACUGAAGCAAAGGACACGGCUUCAGCAUCAACAUGUGUAUGUAACACAGUACGCCAUCUUGGCUUUCACUGAAGUCAGCAAAAUGUCUUGUGCCAAAGCUACGGCUAACACAGGCACAUUGGGGCUGUGGAUUUUGUUCCAAAACUGGUUUAGAUGAGUAUCCUGGAGGAGCUGUGGUCCCAGGCUUUUCUCUCAGGCACGAGGAGUGAUGAAUGGGGUGCCAGGAUGGUGGCAUAACUGCUUAAGCUGUGCCAUUCAUAGGGUGCAGGCAUGGCAGAGGUAUGGGCUGAGAAAAUGCUGCUUUUCUGGAGACCGGCUCCCCAAAUUCUCACAACAGCAUGCCUAAUGUUCCUGCUGGCUGCUGUUCCAGAAGUUGUGCGAAAAGUAACUUUUUUGUGCUCAGUAGAGUGUAGACUUUUGACAACAUGUCCUUUAUGUGUGCAUCUUAAAAGAACCAGAUGGACCAGAUAAAGCACCAUAUAGAAAAAAAUUUAUUAUCAUUUUGCAUCCCUUUAAAUGCUGCUUUUAUGUGAAUCAGUUUCCAUAUCCAGCUAUGUGCCACUCUGUGAUGCAUCUUUAUGGGGAGUUGAACUAUUUACAGUUCCCAUUCUCAGUCUGGUGAUAGUUUUCUCUAUUGGCGAGAAACAGAGCUAGAAUAUGGAAGAGCUUAGAAAGUUACUUUUGGAAGAAAUUGGUCAGUAUAUUACCGAAGUGCCCCAAUAAUUCAUUGCUGUUGCAAGCUGUUUAUAGUAACUCAUUAUGUUACUCUAAAAAUAUAUAUAUCUUAGGACUGAUAAGAGAAUAAUGUAAAACUUGAAAAAUUCACACAGUACCUUGAGGUCUAAAAUGUAACUUUAGAAGUAACUAAACAAAAAUGCACAAGAAUAUAACAUUCCUGCUUGCCACAUUACUGUUGAAUUAAUUUUGUAACACCCUGAUUAUUCCACCACACUUGACCCUCAGUAAAUCAUUACAGAUAACUGUAUUAUCUUACAAUCCAUUACUUCCUAGCUGUGAAGGAAUUGGGCUGUACUUGAAGGGGCAGCUUUUUAUUUUUACUCCUUGCCCAUAUGUCCAUAACAACCUCUUUUGAAAUGAACGAUUUGCACUUUUCUUGAACCUUGGCCACACAGUGAACAUCAGGCAUCCUUAGCUAGCAUAGCCUCCAACUGUCCCAAUUUCACAGGGAUGGUCCCACUUAAACCCCUGUGCCCCACUUAUUUAGCUGCUUUUAAAAUGCCCAGCUUUCCUCCUUUGUCCGCAGCUUUCUACAAACUAAAUUCAAAGUACAAAAGUAGUUGACACUCAGUUAACUCUUCCUCAUUAAUAUAUUUUGCCAUCUUGACCACGCUCUGAUGUUGCUUGGACAUGUGUGUACCAGUUUUCAUCUGUGAAAGGUUGGAAGGCAUGGGAUACUUCAAGGGACCCAUCUGGGUCUAUUGGCACACAUCUGUGUCUUUUAGAUCCCACUUUUGAAAAUGUACAGUAUAUCUUCUGUAGGAUACAGCAUUUAAUUUUCCACAUUAAUAGAGAGAAAUGCUAAAUCAGAGAAAUGCUAAAUCUCACUACUGCUGGGACACCACCAAUAUAAGAAGGCAUUUUGUCAAACCUGGAUCUAACCCUUCCUGGCCUGAAUAAUUUUAAAUACAUCCCAAACAAGAAAUACUUUCCCCAGAUAACAAACUAUCUUAGUUACUCUCAGGGUGGCUGUGGACAUAGGUAUGUUCUCUCUUUUUAAAAGUGCUCAGCCUUGUGGAAUUCAAACUAUUCCGAUCAUCAGAUUACUGCAUCCGAGUUCUAGUUCUCCAAAUGCAGGGUUAAACUGGAUCGAAGCCAGGCUCAGUUCUAGGAUACAAUUAUUUUGCACUAGCAACUUGGCUUUUAACAUUAGGGCACUUAGUAUUAGUUCAGAGCCGUUUAACCCACGACCUUUUUAGAUGUUUCCUCCAAGGUGGUUUAUGUUUACGUCUAAAAAUGUAGGAUUGUGAAUAUAACAAAGAUGUGUUUGCAAAAAGGGCUGGUUCACACAUACUUGCUCAUUUGCUGAAGACCGAAGUAUUGUGUGGUGGUCUUCAUGUGUGGUUGGGCUGUCAUAAAUCCUAAAACCACUGGGAAUUUCAAAUCUCUUUUGAUGUAAUUGUUUUUUGACAGUUCACACAACUGCCACUCAAGUAUUGAAACACCAAGUGAUGUUCAACCAAAAUCAUACAGUUACAUACACAAAGUGAGCAGCCAGUAUUAAUUUCAGCUCUUUUUGCAAAUAUAUAAUUAUAUUUUGCUGUCAUGUCAUGUUUGAACUGGACCUUAUUUAUCUAGUUCAGCACUGAAGGAGAUACCUCUUGGUAUCAUCUGAAGCAUCACUCUAUAUGCUGGGUGUUUUGUUUUAUUAAUUUUGAAGAAUGGCCUGACAUUUUCUCAAAGCUUCUUCUGUACAAACCUUAACAAGAAAGUCACUGUUGAAUCUCCUUUGUGCUUCGUCUUCUUGCCACAAACUAAAGCAAAACACUGUGCAACCUGUACUAACUUAAAAUGUUUUUCACACUGUCUUGUAAAUAAAAAUAAUUUAAAGCCUC